UGAAAGAGCACAACGAAGGGACAACCGAAUCGCGUGCUUCGUCUACUCCCGUCUCGAUGUUGACGUGCGGGGGCGGUUUUGAACGUUCCCGCCGCUUACGUCAGCGCUGCGACCAAGCCCCGAGGGAGCAAUCUUCGUUGGCUCGGCACCUCGUCCACCGAGAGGCGAGGAGGCCGGAGUGAUUGCCGGGGAGCGCCAGAUGCCUCUGGCCGGCGCACGAGCGAACAGGCGUCAGCCGCAUGCGGGCAGGAGGGCGGUAGGCCGCGGCAGCAGUCGGCUAUUUUGCGCCGUUUGUUUGCGAUGUGGUGGUCGAGAUUCGGAUCACGUGGGUCCCCCCGUCUGCUCGUGGCCUGUCAGCGCUGCCAGCGCGGAAGAUCGGAGCGGCGCGGGAACGAUCUCGAGUAGACAGCGAGCUGCGAGAUGCUGCCGCCGCCGCGGGUCUGUAGGGGAGCCAUGUCGGCGUUGUUAUCGCGGGUUUCGCUGGCACUGCUCGUUGUUAUGCUGAUUGCGUCCAGGCACUCGACUGCGGCGGAGGAUCAAGAGGAGGACGGCCUGCCCUGGUGGGACUUUGUCCGGCGGGAACGCCUGUCCGCCGGCGUGUGCGCGUCCGACGAAUCGGAUUUGUGCGGUGGCAGCCCCGAGUUUUCCACGUCGCCCUUCAUGUGCCGCUGCGACCCGGACUGCGUUCGAUUCGGCGACUGCUGCGUCGACAAGGGUUACCCGACGCCUCGGCAGGUGUCUUGGAUGUGCCUGUACCACGCCGGACGGGAGUUCUACGGGCAGGCCGACUGUCCAGCGGACUUCGACGAAGACCACGAAGACGGCAUCGUGAAGCACUGCCAUCGGCAAGGAUCGCAGCUGAAAUCGCUUCAAGACGUACCCGUGUACAGUGUGAUUUCCAGGACCAUGUACGCUAAUAUCUUCUGCGCCGUCUGCCACGGCGACGCUGACAGCUUGCGGCCCUGGACCGUUCGUCUAGACUGCAACCGGGCAUGGGAUGCCGCACGAGUGUUGACCUUGCUGUCUAGAGGCAGUUACAGUCAGAGGAGUCGUACAAUGUAUGGCCCGAGCACGUCCGGCCUGAGCUGCCAUCUUCACCUAGCAGAAACGGCGUCGGAAAGCUUCUUUCACGAGCUGGUCGGUGUUCGAGAGUGCAGACUCGCCGUCUCAACGUGCCGUGAUCACUCAAACCCACGCGACGUAGACCUCUGUGGACGCUACACGGCAAUGGUGUACUCGCCCAGCCGCAUGGCCAACUACAAGAACUUCCACUGCUACAGGUGUAGCGGAGGUGUCUCUCCUUUCAAGCUGGGUGCUCUGGAGUGUGGAGCUCGCGCGGCAGGGGCCGGCAACGACCUACCGGAAGGAAUGCACGUUGUGCUCAGCGUGAAGAGUAAUUUCGUGAAUGCCGGAAAGUGUCCUGGAUCGACGGGAAUCUACGAUCCGGUUCUGAACCGCUGCUUCAAGGAGCCCGAACGGGCAUGGACGCUGCUGAAAUCCCCGUCUGCUGCGAAAGCCGCAGAAGCAGCAUCGUUGUUGUCAGAAGUUUUGUUGGCAGUAAUAGCGGCCAUUGCGGGUCAUUCCGCGUCAUUCAUUUGAGUUUAGAAGCUGCACAGCGGUGGAGGUGCCAUGAUGUAGGCUUAUCAGUAUCUGUUCGCGUCAUUUGUGAGACCUAAGCAGGCGAAGACGCGCUAUGAGUAUUGUUAGGCUGGCUUUAGUGGGCGCAUUUAUUGUCAACGUGCGCUGUGAACUGUGAAGACAGAACACGUGGAGGUAAGAACUAUUGGUGGGAUACCCCUUGGCUUCUUACUCAUUUCACAUUUCCCUAUAAACUGUCAAGAGAAUGAUUUUGCAUUCAUUUGGUAUACGGGUUCAGUUCUUGGCGUUUCGCUGGAGUCUUGCUGGAGCUCCAUGAAAAUUUAAACAGUUCAGAGGACGAGAAACUGGAUGAACAAUGAGAUUGACAGAACGCUGUCUGUGUGUUUCUUCAACCGGGCCCCGUCCUUCGCGCUGUUUUAAUCCUCAAGCAUCUUCCAACUCGCCCAAGCUUCAACUUUAUCUGGAGCUCAGCUUAUAUGUUUUUGUUUGUAAAAAAGCACCACUCUAAUUAAAUGUUACGCUGCAGCACAAUAUGAGCUUUGCUGAUUGCAGAUAGCAGUAUAACGAAAGAAUAAAAUGAGGCUCCCUUGGUAAGAUAAGAGGCAGUCAGGUACUGAAAGAUGACCUUUUGGGUGUUGCAUUUGAUAUCCCACACCCGUUGAAAGAUAGUUGCGCGUUUACUGGCGGGAUUUGAAGGAACAUUUGGACAAAGGAGUCGUCCUUUGUCCAAACUGAAGAAUCUCAGGGGCAGUAUUAUACUCGGCUGCUGUCUACUUGUUCACAUGCUAGUCGUUAUGGCCAUCCAAACAGGAGUAUUGUGCCUUCUGCAUCGGAAGUGUCUUUGUUGGUGCUCUUGUUUAAGCGCGAAUUUAGCUGCACAUUCAAGGUGAGAACAACCGUCUGAGCAUUUUGCGGAGUUCCGCUUUCAGAACAUUCUUAGGGAUGUGGGAGUGUGACUGGCGGCCAUACAUCGAGUACAUUUUUUGCCAUGGUGCGUGCGUAAAAACAACUCAAACGAUAAAAAAAAAUUAUAAUAAUCAUCUUAUGCAGCGUUUUGUAGUCUCCGGUAUUCUCCUCUUAUCCAGGUGGUAUAAAUUACGAAAAGUGAUAAGAGAAGAGAAGGUGAAGGUGGUAGAGAAACAGAAAUGUCUCGAAGUUCGAAUUUUGGUAUUUUUGUAUGUUUAAUUUAACACAAUCUUUAAAAAAAAAAAGCGUUGUAAUGAUUGUGCAUAAAGUCAGAAUCACGAAAAGACAUUGUAAAAAUUCAAGUAUAAAAAUUAAUUCGUUCUGUCACCAAACAAUUGCUGGUGCCAUACAUGCAAAAUAGCUUGUGAAAGCACUUAUUCACUGGUGUUGUAGUACAGUAUCAAAAUUAAGCUUUGACACAAUUCCUGUCUUUUUUUUAACGACGUAGGCCUGUCAUGCAGUGAAAUUGAAAACACAGCCUAUAUCUGCUUCUUUACUUGUGUUCCAAGCGGCACUACCUGUAGUGAUGUUUAUUUAUAAAAACAUAUUAGACCCAAAUUACAAUUACAGGAGCGAUAGCAUCAUACCUUUGUGUUAGUCGCUUUAAGGUAACGUACGCAAUAUUAAAAGCGCUCUCUGUUGUUUUGUCUUCAUUGUCUCCGUUCUUCUUAGCCGUUUUGAUCUGAAUAUACAUAAACAAACUAGCCCAAUUAACCAUUUUGUCGCGGAAGAAUUAACGCCGCAGGUCUUAGUACCGUAUGGAAUGUUUAUCAAAUCUAUACUGGGUUCUUGGACAGAGUUUGACAUUUGGAUUCAGAGCCUCCAUAUAUAAUCUCUAGUAAAAUAAAUCAAAUCAAAAUUCCCGAUAUUUUAAAUAUCUUACGCCAAGCCGUCAUGAGCUCAUAUGUCAAUAAAAAAAGCAUAAUUUAUAAAAAAAAAAA